AGCUACUGGAUACCUCCGGCCAAUGGCACACCAACAUCCGUGCUAGUGUGGCAUCAUCAAUACAAUACUCGUCCGAUGAAAACUGGUGACUGUAUGGCGAAGAGGACCAAAAAUGGCAUCUGAGGUCGGCUUUUUGGACAUGCCAGAGACAGGAGUGGUCCAGAAUCGUGCCCAGUCAAGACGUGAAGCUAAUUGGGUCGCGUGCCAUUAUCGUACACUCACUCGCCCGAUUCGUUCGUUGUAUGCGCUACUUCUCGUCCGGCCGCAAAUGGGUCUUCACUGUUGGUUGGGACAUAGUAGCAGGCCUGGUUCUGAAUCGUGCUUUGGUUCUGAUCACUUCUGGGUCAGUCGAUUCUCGACAGCGAGCACGGAUGAGGAAGUGGUGACGCGACUCCAACCAAGCACUGGCGCGACCGUUAGCGAUCAACACUAUGCCAGAUUAGGUGGAACGGCAUUGAUACGUAUACUGUACUGUAUGUAUGUUCAUGCCUGCUUCGAGCUUUGUUUGCGCAUUUGUCUGCCAUUUUUGAGCCGCGUGGGGUUUGUCGCGCUAAUCCGCCGCAAUCAGGUACAGCGUUGACCACUAUUUGGUCGCGUAACCGUUCCCCCCCCCCC